AGACCGCCAGUACCACAAAGAAUCCCCAACCCCUCCCCCCAACAAACAGAAAGGGAGGUAGGGGGUCACGGUGCACUGUAGGAUGAGCGGAGCGGAGGAUCGACCAUCGGAUCCGUGAAUUAAUCCGGAUAUUUGAUCGAUCCAUUAUGGCUCGCGUGCAAAGGAUAGCGACAGCAGAUGGAUCCUGGAGGUGGAUCGACUCCGACGAGCGCGGGGAGUCGUGCGGUAACCCGCAGUGCAAUGAGAAGCAGAGCCAUAGGCACAGCGGGUGCUAGUGGACAAGGAAGGGACCAGCCCAAAUCAAGAAAGCGACUCUAUGAGAAGCUGAAGCAGAAGAAGCCCACGGAUUCGAGUAAUGUCUGGGCUAGCAGCACAGGUGGUGGUGACGGAUGCAAAACAGGUGAACCCCUAGACUUUUGCCCUUUGAAGUUCCAUGGAUGCUCAUCGUCAGAUGCUGUUCAGGAGGUAAUAAGCACUUUCGACUCGAGGAAAUUAUCUAUUUUAGACAAGGUAGGGUUGGGGGGGAUUGCAGUACUUGAAACUGGGCUUCCAUAACAGCAGGCAUUUAGUGUUCUGGAUGCUUAAGAGAACUGAUGUGCAUAGCAUGACUGUGAAACUAGGGGAUGGUUCAUGUGUGAGCAUGAGCAUAGGUUCAGUUGGAAGAAUUUUGGGGAUUAGAUGUAUCAGGAGGGAGAUAGUGACAAGUUCAAGUAAAGCAUCAGAGUAUGUGAAAUGUCGUUUGCGUGAAUGGUUUGGAACUGACGACAGCAAGGAGUACCCGGAUUUAGAUGAUUUGCGCAAGGUGUUGUACCGCCAGUAUGGUGAUGAUAUGUCUGCGCAUGAUGAGGAGACUUUUAUGAUUGCUAUAGCUGGGCUGUGUUGUGCAUACCUGUUCGGGCCUCCAAACAGAACAGCCGAAGUCCCCAGAGACAUAUGGCAGUUCAUCGCUUAUCCAAAUAAGUUGUUAGAUUGCAACUGGGGUGGAUAUGUCCUGUCAGUUCUGCAGAAUUGUGCCCGUACAGUGCAAUUGAACAUGAGGAACAAUCCAAACUCAAUUAAACUUGGCGGGUGUUGGCUAUAUCUACAGCUCCUUUACAUGGACAGUGUUGAUCUAGAGAGCAACAACAUCCCCUGGAGCUGGUGCCCCAGGGUUCGGUGGUACGGGACAAGAGUCAUGCAAGAAUUUAACAAUCACUUUGAGAAGUGCAAAGGGUUGCAGGCUAAGGAAGCGUACCUAAACAGGAAGCGCCGUAGUGCAGAUGAGCAUGACAAAAUGCCAAUGCCCCAUCUCAACGAUCCUGUCAACUGUACUCGACAGCAAGGUGGUACCGACGAUUGUGGUACAGGUAGUGGACAAGAGGGAGACGUGCCGGAAUCGAAUGUCGUACCCCCAAUUAGCCUAUAGAAACUUCUUGGGAAAGUUAACAAUGGCCUCAGCCGUAUUAAGUCCCAGCUUGAAGCAGCACCUCAAGCUGCGCAUGAAGAGAAUAAGAGGAACUUUGAUGAGCAGGAACAACAAAUAAGCCAUCUGUCGGAAGAUAUGCAAAAAGUGGUGGGUCAGCUUAGCGAGAGUCUUACUGAAGCCCUCAGUGCAUACAUAUCUACACAAGAAGG